UUAUGAAAAACAGGGAGAGUUACUUUUUACACAGGGAAGUGGUCAUAGGACAAAUGGGAACAGCUCCAAUGAAAAGAGGAGAGAUUUAGAUUAGAUCUUAGGAAGAAGUUCUUUGCUGUGAGGGUGGUGAGACACUGUAAAAUGUUGUCCAGGGAAGCUGCAGACAUCCCAUCCCUGGAAGUUUUCAAAGCCAGGCUGGAUGGGGCUUUGAGCAACCUGGUCUAAUGGAAGGUUGGAACUAUAUAAUCUUUAAGGUCCUUUGCAACCCAAACAAUUUUAUAUGAUUCUAUAGUUUACAUUUGCCUUUUAUUUUUCAUGUCUUUAUCAAGAAGUGUGGACAGCAAGUUCAUGAAUACGGCUUUUCCUAAACGUACCUACAUAGGAUUCUUAGCUGUGGAUCUCUUUUUUUUUUUUUUGUCCCUUCUCCUCUCAGCUUCCCCAAGAUCAUAGGUAGUAUUAUAAAAUAAUUGAAGUGUUAUAUACUAGCAUUACCUAAUGUCUCAUUUUCUUCUUUUAUGUGUGUUUUUAAACAGGAAGAUGAACAGAACUGAAUUUUAGAACCUAACUCCUGAUGGGCUGGAUUUUAUCUUGGCAGGAGUUUUUGGAGAUUGAUGCAGUGAGAGAAGAAACAGCCAAUGGCUUCGGAAUCCAUGGUCCCUGAGCAGGCAAAACAACAUCUGAUAAAAGGAAAAAGGCGGCAGCAGCAGCAGCAAACUCGGCCUUCCAACAGCGAUGGGGAUGAGGAUGUCUUCGUGUUUGAGGCAAAUGAGGCUUGGAAGGAUUUUCACAGCUCUCUCCUUCACUUCUUUGAAGCUGGAGAGCUCUGUGAUGUUACACUGAAGGUUGGUUCAAAGCUAAUCUCCUGCCACAAACUGGUGCUGGCUUGCGUUAUCCCGUACUUCCGGGCCAUGUUUCUUUCGGAAAUGGCUGAAGCCAAGCAGAAGCUGAUCGAGAUCAGGGACUUUGACGGUGAUGCCAUGGAGGACCUGGUGAAGUUCGCGUACUCCUCGCGGCUCACGCUGACGGUGGAUAACGUGCAGCCCCUCCUGUACGCCGCCUGCAUCCUGCAGGUGGAACUGGUGGCCAAGGCCUGCUGUGAGUACAUGAAGCUGCACUUCCACCCCUCCAACUGCCUGGCAGUCAGGGCGUUCGCCGAGAGCCACAACCGCAUCGACCUGAUGGACAUGGCUGAUCAGUUCGCUUGUGAACAUUUCACAGAAGUGAUGGAGUGCGAGGACUUUGUGAGUGUGUCACCACAGCACCUCCAUAAACUCCUGUCCUCCAGUGACCUGAAUAUUGAAAAUGAAAAGCAAGUUUACAAUGCUGCUAUCAAGUGGCUCCUAGCCAAUCCUCAGCAUCAUGCUACGUGGCUGGAUGAGAUCCUUGGACAGGUACGGCUGCCUCUCUUGCCCGUUUGUUUCCUUAUGGGUGUUGUGGCAAAGGAAGAGAUUGUCAAGCAGAAUCUAAAAUGUAGGGAUUUGCUGGAUGAAGCAAGGAACUACCACCUUCACCUGAGCAGCAGGGCAGUGCCUGACUUUGAGUACUCCAUUCGCACAACACCAAGGAAGCAGACUGCUGGUGUUCUGUUCUGUGUCGGUGGCAGAGGUGGAUCAGGUGACCCCUUCCGCAGCAUCGAGUGUUAUUCCAUCAGUAGGAACAGCUGGUUCUUCGGCCCUGAAAUGAACAGCAGGAGGAGGCACGUGGGUGUGAUCUCCGUGGGAGGUAAAGUCUACGCAGUAGGUGGACAUGAUGGAAAUGAGCACUUAGGAAGCAUGGAAGUAUUUGAUCCUCUCACAAACAAGUGGAUGAUGAAGGCAUCAAUGAACACAAAGAGGAGAGGCAUCGCCCUGGCGUCCCUGGGAGGCCCCAUUUAUGCCAUCGGGGGCUUGGAUGACAACACGUGCUUCAGCGACGUGGAGCGCUACGACAUCGACUCGGAUCGCUGGAGCACCGUGGCCUCCAUGAACACUCCCCGGGGAGGCGUGGGCUCCGUAGCCCUGGCGAACCACGUUUAUGCCGUGGGUGGCAAUGAUGGCGUAGCAUCUCUUUCCAGUGUGGAGAAAUAUGAUCCCCACUUGGAUAAGUGGAUAGAAGUGAAAGAGAUGGGUCAGCGAAGGGCUGGGAACGGUGUCAGCGAGCUCCACGGCUGCUUGUAUGUUGUGGGUGGCUUUGAUGACAACUCACCCCUGAGCUCGGUGGAGAGGUUUGACCCACGGUGUAACAAAUGGGAAUAUGUGGCAGAGCUCACAACUCCGAGGGGUGGUGUUGGCAUAGCAACACUGAUGGGAAAAAUUUUUGCAGUUGGAGGUCAUAAUGGCAACGUGUACCUGAACACAGUGGAAGCAUUUGAUCCCAUAGUGAACAGGUGGGAACUCGUGGGCUCAGUGUCACACUGCAGGGCAGGGGCGGGCGUGGCCGUGUGCUCCUGUCUCAGCAGCCAGAUCCGGGAUGUGGGCCAAGGAUCCAGCAACGUUGUGGACUGCAUGUGAGCUCUGCUGCCUCCUCUAAAUUCCAAAGGAACACUACAAGGGAGGCAUUGCAGAGCUUCUAAACACUGUGUUUUGUAUGGUAGGUUAAGGAAAAAAUCCAGCACAUUUGCUUUGUGAAAAUGGUAUCUUCUGCAACUGUAAAGCUUUUGGUGAUUUUCUGUCAAUAGUGAUAUGGAAAAGCUUGUGAAAACAUGGAAUGAAAAUGUGACUCACAGGAACAAACCUGCCAAGAACUGCAACCAUCCCAUUUUUUGAGAAGCUGUAAUUUCAGAAUCGUUUGAGGCAGCUGUUGCAAGGACUCAAUAUUGAACUGUAAAUCAGGCAUGUGGUGAGGAAAGCAGGAGCAGCUACUGGUGCUGAGCUUCCCCCAGCAGCCCUGCUACAUGUUCUCUGGAGGGUUUGAGUGCUGUUUCAUUUAACUUAUUUUCUGGAAUGGAGUCUUAAAUGUUUCCCAGUUGUACAAGAGCUUUGUAACAGAAGGUGUCUCAAGUUUUAGAAGUAAUGACAUCCCUGAUGCACACUGAGAUAACUGAGGCAGAGAAGUUCACUGCUCACCUCCCAAGGGAAUGCUGGCAACAGUGGAAAUUGCAUGGACUCUGUCUGAAAACUGUCUUUCAAAGUACUUUUUCAAGCUAAUAAACUUGUUAGAAAGCUGGAAAGAUUCUUGACCUGAGUUUAGCCACUGGAAUACUGGCAUUCUCUAGUCUUCCAUAAAUUUGUAGUUACUAACCCCCUUUCCAAAGGAGAGUUUCUGUUGAGAGGUCCUUCCUGAAGUAACCAGUGUAAUUUGUCCUGUUUUCAGAUGAUAGUGUGUGAAAAUGUAGGCUUCAGUGGUGUUUGAAUCACCAUUUUUAUACAAAAUGGAAAUGCAUAAUAAAAUUUGUGGCAUUCUGUAAAACUUUUUAAGUGCAAUUCUAGAAGACUUGACUGAUUUCAGUAUCCAGUAGCAACUCUGGUAACAGCCUUGAAUUACAUGCUCUUUUAAGGGAGCAGAUAAAUAACCUCAAAACCCUGAAUCAACCAAAGAGAGCCGGCAAGAAAGAUAAUUGGGAAUAAAUCAGUACUUCCAUCAAAAAUUGAGAUAACAACAUGACAGCCAUGCAUACACAGAUGUCUUGUUAGGCCAUUACAAAUCCUGAAUCCUGAGUAAAGUCCUGCUGGAAAGACUGCAGAUUCCUGUUGCUACAUCACCUUGAUCAGACCAGCAACUGACAAUCUUUUGUGACCAAAGUUUCACAAUUACCAGGUUGUUCCAAAGGCCCAGGGGGAGCAGCAAACUUCUCUGUAUUCAGGACCAAGAAGAGGCAGGACAGCAGGAGUGAGGAGGCACAGCCAUGUUUUUCUGCUGAGUUACCAUCCUUUGGCUUUCCUGCCCAAAAUGGCUUUGCACUUUGGUAGCACCC